UUAGUCACGGAUCGCUUUGGUGUGUCUUAUGGAUAAUCCUUGUUUUCAACGUAAACGAGCAUCCAGCAACGAGGGACCAUAUGGCACAAUAUCUUUUGAACGCCCAUUGUUGCUCAGGGUCAUGCAUGCUGUAUGUACAAAAAAUCAAUUACUUCAAUGGUUACAACUGCACUGGAUUUAGAGACGGCUGUCCAGACAGAAUGUAUUCCAGUGAUGAAAGUUAUCUAUUUCCAAGAUGUUUAGAAAUUAAUCCCAGAAGACAUUGCUUCGUUGCUGAGCCAUCUUGUUAUAGAAAUACAAGUGGAAACAUUCAAAAAUCUCAUUCUGCAUCUACAGAAACAAAAGACAAUGCACUCGCUUGGUCAAUAUCGUUAGCAGCAGUGUUGCUUCUUGUUGUCAUAGUAAUUGUUACUAUCUGUAACUGGAAAAAAGGAGCUUGUCAACAACGAAUACAAAAAACAUUUUGUGCAAAUUCAUCUGAAUCGCCUACAACUGAUAUGAGCCAAAGUUCAGGCCAAGUAGUGGCCUACGAGAGUAAACCCUUCUUGCCAAUUGCCGGUCAAAGUGCUACUGCAUCGGAUAAAAAUAUACGAAAAGACGUGCAUACAAUGUCAGACAAACGGGUGGAUUUCCAAACAAAGUCGGCAACAAUUGAGGAAAACAAAACUGAUAUAAAAGAAGACAAACAAUAUACAUUGAAUAAAAAUAAAUCGAAGGACGUGUGUUCAAUGCCAAACCAAAAAUUUAAUUCAAAUUCAGACUGCCGUUUUCUCGAAUCAACUGAAAGCUGUGGAGACAUAUGGAUAUCAAAUAAUAGGAAAGAGGGGCGUAUUGAUGAUGUGGCCCAUAUUUCUCGCGUAACAUCGAAAUUUAUUUGUCUAGACAACAAAGAGUGGGUUGUGAAAAUUGAUUCUAAAGGCAACAUAUUAAGUAAACAUGAACUCGGGGAUUUUUGGGGAAGCGCAUCAUCUACAGUGGAUGAAAAUGGAGACUUGCUUAUCAUAAGACAACACAAUAAAGUGAUGAGGGUAACCUCAAACGAAGAGGAACCUGUAGAGGUGUUUUCAGUUGACCCUCGUUGGUCAAUACUGAGUGUCUAUUUUUCAAGAUCUAGUGAAGAAAUAAUACUAAGGAUUUAUGUACAAAAAUGGCACAAGUUUUUGACCAAUAUAGCAAGAUACAAUAAAAACGGAGAAAAACUUUUUGAAUUUGAAUACCUUAAUCCCGACAAGCUGAUUGUGUAUCCCUUGUUUUUAUCAGUAAAUAUAAAUGGUGACAUAUGCAUUUCAGAUAAUUUUUUCUGUCAUGUUAUUGCUUUCAAUAAUAAAGGGGAAAAACAAUAUACCUAUAAAGGUUCCCCGCCACAUUCCGAAUUUUCUCCAACGGGAAUUUGUAACGAUUUACGUGGACACGUUCUUGUGUGCAACUGCCAUGAGUCCAAUCCCAGUGUUCAUCUGCUGGAUAAAAACGGAGAGUUUCUGAAAAUGAUUGUACGUGACAGUGAGGAUGUCAAAGAGCCUUGGGGAUUGUGUGUUGAUGAUGACGAAAAACUAUAUAUUGGUCAAAAAAAUUGCACUAUGAUCAAAGUGUUCCGAUAUCUUAAGAAUAGCUAAUAUUUGAAACUGUUUCUCGUUUGACGCGAAAAGAAAUAAUCUUUAUAUUUAUCAUUUUAGAUGCGUUUUUUAAUAUUUUAAUCAAGACGUAUCAAGGUAUGGUGUUAAAUUAAAAAUGAAAUGUGGUGAUAACGAACAGUGUUCAAAAUAAUAUUUCACUUUAUUACUGUGUUUUUAAUUAUAUAAUUUUGAACUUAAACACCUUUCGUCAUUACCACAUGUCAUACAUCUAUCUUCUCUUGCACAGCUAAGAAUGUUGCAAUGAUAUUUUAAUAUAGUUUUAAUAAGAAACAUCAUAUCUUCCCUCCCCCCUCUGUCUGUCUCUCUCUCUCUCUCUCUCUCUCUCUCUCUCUCUCUCUCUCUCUCUUAAUUAAAUAAUAGGCAAACAUGUGUAUUUUCUCUUUCCGUAAUAAGUGUAUUUUAUACGGGUCCGACAAAUGAUAAGAAAAAGAAUUUUGACUUCAAAUGAUCCUUCUUUUUUUCUUCUGGUUUUUUUUUCAUUUACUGAAACCAGUAUAUGAUAACAAACGAUCUAAUCACAAUCUACUUUAAUCUCUCUCUCUCUCUCUCUCUCUC